AUGGAUCUCGAUGAGAUGGAGGAUGCAGAUCUGAGAGAGGCGAUUCGGGUCUCUCUGAGAGAUGUUGACCAUGGCUCGAGCACAUCAUCACCUCAGCAGCCACCUUCAAACGACGUGGUCGAUCUGACCAACGAUUCCGAUGGUCAAUCAGAUAUCGUGGAAGUGUUCCCAAAAUCUCGCUCUGUUGUCGGAUCUGAUACAGAUGACGAGGCCGAAGAUGACAUAGAAGAUGAGGACGAGGAUAUCAAGCGUGCAAUCGCAAUGUCAUUGCAAGACCAGCAGCCCGACGAAGAACCCUCACAGGAGGUAUUGCCAAUUCACUCUAAGCAAGCUUCUCCUCUUCCUGCUUCUCUCGGUAUCCUUGGUCUAAAUCGAAAAGAGAUGGAGCAGGAGCGCCUUGCCCGCCUGAAAAAGCGUAAGGCAGAGAGCUCCAUAACUCCACCAACGCAAUCUCCGGUCAAAGUUCCGAAAAUUGUGUCUGAGUCGGCAGCAAGCAAGCGACCUACUAUUACCCCGUCUCCUACUCAACCAUCCUCAUCAGCCGCCUCAUCAUCGUCAAUUAGGCCUACUGCGAGACCGGGAAUACAAUAUCCUUUGGGCACAGUUAGAAAGACACAUGUCAUAAAAACCCGGCGUGGAAAUAAUGAAAUCACUCUUGAAGAAGUGCUUCAGCGAAGCGAUCUGGCAUACGCGGUACUCAGUUCGUACCUGUGGGAUAUGGAAUGGCUUUUCAAUAAGUGUGACAUUUGGCGGACGAAAUUCAUUCUCAUUAUGAGCGCCAAGGAACAGGCAAUGCGUGAUCAAAUGCUUGACGAGACCAAGACCAUGAAACACCUCAGACUUUGCUUUCCACCCAUGCAAGGUCAAGUCAACAUAAUGCAUUCCAAGUUGAUGCUCCUAUUUCACCCAGAGUAUUUGCGCAUCGUUGUUCCGACGGCCAAUCUCACGCUCACCGACUGGGGAGAGAACGAAUUGAUGGAGAAUACUGUUUUUCUUAUUGAUUUACCAAAGAAAAAGGAUCCUUCUGUGGAGACUCCUAAGACGUUCUUCUAUGAAGAGCUUGUCUACUUCUUGAAAGCCAGCACCUUGGAGGAGGGAAUGAUUCGCAAAUUGGACUCCUUCGAUUUCAGUGAGACUGCACGUUAUGCGUUUGUCCACACAAUUGGUGGGAACAGUGGAGUGCACUCCGACGAGAGGUGGAGACGGACUGGUUACUGCGGUCUAGGUCGCGCUGUGAGCCACUUUGGUUUGCAAUCAUCCUCACUAAUCAAUGUUGAUUAUGUGGCCUCUUCCAUUGGGUCUCUAAAUGAAGAUUUCCUUCGGGCCAUGUACCUUGCCUUCAAAGGUGACGACGGCCUUUCGGACUAUAUUAUGCGUUAUGGGAAGUCAUCAGCCAUUGUCCCUGACGACGAACGUAAGCUCAUGAUGGGAGCCAGCAAGGAAUGGCAAGACUCAUUCCACGUGUAUUUCCCAUCAGAUAAGACUGCACGUGAGGCACAUCGUCGCCCGGAGGAUACUGCCGGCACUGUUUGCUUUCAAUCGAAGUGGUGGGAUGGCGCAAAGUUUCCUAAGCAUGUAAUGAGGGAUUGCCAGAGUGAGAAAUCUGUCAUGAUGCAUAAUAAGCUUGCUUACGUUUGGCCUUCGGAACCCAUUGCCCUCGCAGAUAAUAUGGAGUGCAAGGGAUGGGCCUAUGUUGGAAGCGCGAAUUUAUCUGAAAGUGCCUGGGGCCGUCUCACCAAGGACCGUGCGGCCAAUAAACCCAGGAUGGUCUGUCGUAACUGGGAAUGUGGUGUCCUAGUCCCGAUCAAGACGCCUGUGGGCACAUCCCCCAGAAUUAGCGAGGCAGCUAGCGUCUUUUCAGAGGGGACGACCAUUCCCAACAACGAACCGACUCCACAACCAAAGAGUGAAUAUGCCCCUUCAGAGAUCUUCCAUAAUACUGUUCCAAUUCCAAUGAAGCUUCCUGCGCCUGCACUAAGUGGUGUCCGCCGGCCAUGGUUCUUCAUGGGGGAUACCUCCUAA